AUGACGAGUAGUGAGUUCUUCCGUAUCGUCUCAAUUCUUCGUAUCAAUCUUCUUUACAGUUUCGAUCCGCGAUUUUCAACAACCGUCUACAAAAAGACGAACACAAACAAACAGUCAAAACACCUCAAGAGACUGAAUCAAAAGAAACCAGUCCUUGUCAUCCGACGAGUCCUGGACAACAGAGGCCGAUACACAGGGACUGAAAUUGACAUCCGAAGUCAAGAACUUUGCGAGGUGCUUAUGGAGAUACACCAAGGUGUGGAGGGCUUAGAACUCUCACGAAGUUCCCCUGUCUGUGACACGAAGUUGCUCUUUCUCUCUUUCAACGAGCUCAAGGAACGACUAGAAUUGGAAAGGUUGAAAGGCACGCCAAACGCUCCGCUAAUUUCUGAAAUCGAAGUAACCCUUUGCUUUAUCUUGGAGGAACACAAAACCACCUUCGCUGACCUUCAGUCAUUGACAAGACACGAGUCCAUCACCUUCGAUUUACUUUGGACAUUAUUCCGUCAUGGCACCCUGGUCUUCAAUCGCCACGAGUUUACCGAGCAGGACCACAUUCUCCAAGUGACGCGCUUUGAGAUCGCACAAACAGAUAAAGGAAUCUUCGCUGAAAUAUAUUGCCAUGUGAUCACUGACGACGGCGAGCAUUUUGGAAUUGCUGAACAAAUGCUUUUGAUCCCGUCGUUCACAGGAGAGCGAAAGAUACAAAGCCUGUCUGUUUUUCCUCUCUCCUUUCACUCGAAUGAACGCGACAUUCGCAAAUUUGUUGCCAAACGAGGUCGGAAAUUUGCAAGCUUGCAAUGUCAGACUUAUGGUGAGAUUUCUGGGAUGGCUGCCUGUGUCGUCAACGAUAAGGGUGUUGAUGUUCGAAAAUGCAGGGCUUCCGGGCGCGUCAUGAUCGAUCCUGGUGCAUUUCGUAUGUUUCAGCCUGACUCUAGUCUCAUUCUCCCGGUUUCUACCCCAUUGAGGCGAGCGGAACUCGAGGAAGAGCAAUACAUGAUCUGCACUCCUGUUAUCAUGGGCUUUUGCUUCAGAACAAAGCAGUGGGGUGGAUUCGCUCUUGACUGCCUGCGGGACGUAUCCUGGUCACUGGAGCCUUUCAAUCGUCUGGUCCUGGAUAACAGACACAAGGAAUUGAUUCAUGCAUUAGUGGAGCAGCACGCAUCGCGUGCGUCAACCUUCGAUGACUUUGUAGAGGGGAAAGGAAAAGGCCUUGUCGGAUUGCUUGCAGGUCCACCUGGAUGUGGUAAGACACUUACAGCGGAAGCAGCAGCAGAGGUGACAAAGCGUCCUUUGUAUUGUAUUUCAGCUGGCGAAUUGGGAUCCAGCCCUGAGCUUGUAGAUGACGGUCUGACUCAGAUUCUGGAACUUGCCCAACGGUGGAAAGCAGUCGUUCUUCUCGACGAGGCAGAUGUUUUUCUGUCACAGAGGGGGGAGACUGAUAUGGAGCGGAAUACCUUGGUCUCUAUUUUUCUACGGCAGCUGGAAUACUAUCAGGGAAUCAUGUUUUUGACGACCAACUUGGUUUCACAGUGUGAUGCUGCAUUCGAGAGCCGAAUUCACUUCACGGUGCACUACCCGCUGCUGUCUCAUGGCUCGCGCAGACAGAUCUGGAAGACAUUCAUUGAUAAGACAUUGGAUACCAACCGGUCCUUAAUCAGCGAGGCUGAAAUCGAUACCUUGGCUCGGGAAACGCUCAACGGUCGUCAGGUAUGUUGA